AUGUACUCAUCGUACAAAACUCACACCACCUACAAGGGUAAUGUUGUUAUUUCACCAUCGGGCGAAAUGAUUCACAUCAGUUCUUUAUUUGCGGGGUCGAUAUCAGGUAAAGAGCUGGUCAAGCAAUCUGGUCUUUUGUCACUGCUCCAGCCUUGGGAUCAGAUUAUGGCUGAUAAGGGCUUGUGAUACAGGAUCUACUCACACCUCUUGGUUGCAGUGUAGUAAUGCCAUCAUUUUUGAGCUGCAAACAGCAGUUUUCCAAAGGUGAACUCCUAAGGAGCAAAACAAUUCAGAACCUUCAGGUGCAUGUUGAAAGGGCUAUUAAGAGAGUCAAGGAGUUUCAUUUCUUUGAUAGGGUGAUCCCACUAACUAUGGCAGGCAGUAUCAACCAGAUAUGGACA